AUGGGGUUCCGAACGCAGCGGGCCGCGGCCGCAGGGCGCGCACCUGCCCCGCCUCCGCCAGGCGGGCCUCGGGGCCUGCAGCGGACCGGGGGCGGGGCUCCGAGGCCUGAGAGCGGCGACCGACUUCUCAGCACUCGCCUGUCCGAUCCCGCCAGCCUCCUGAUGCUGCUCAAGGACAAUGACCGGCCUGAGCCCGUGCCCAGUGGGGUGCGCGAGCUCGCGCUCUUCCUGACCCCCGACCCCGGGGCAGAGGCAAGGGAGGUGGAGGCAGCCAUCAAGGGGAUGCUCCUCCUGCUAGAAGAGUUUUGCAGCCUGACGGACAUGAUCAGGAGCGACACUUCACAGAUCUUAGAGGAGAGCAUCCCACUCCUUAAGGCCCAAGGGACAGAAGUGCGGGGCAUCUAUGGCAAAGUGGACCGGCUUGGGGCCUUCAUCAAGAUGGUCGGGUGCCACGCUGCCUUCCUGGAAGCCCACGUGCCGCAGGCCAAGCGGGACUGUGGGGCCUUCCCUCAGGCCCUGUGCAGGUGGCUGGGCUCCCAGGUGCUGUCCUCCUGCAGGAAUAAACCAGCAGCAGCAGCAGUAGCUUUCGAGCUGCCCACACUGUACCGGACCGAGGACCAUUUUCCCGAAGACACUCAAGAGUCUCAGUGUCACAACCCUUAACUGCAUCAGCCUCUGUGAGCUUUGUCAUGCUCCUAUUGGGAUGUUGGGACUGAAACUGUGUACACAGAGUCACUUCCCCUUUGUCAGUGAUUUGCUUUUGCAUUUCCUCCCCAUGGAGUCCUGAGCAGCCAUAGGGACCCUCAUGUAGCUGUGGUUGGAGGUCUGAGGGCACAGCAUCUCCUGGUGGCAUCUGGCCCAUCAGCCUGCUGUUCUAAGGGCUGAGGCUCUGGGGCUGCUGGGCUGGCAGUGAGGGAUCCCUUCUCAAUGCACACACAUGCAUGCACACACCCCCACACGCAGCUAAACUAGAGGAUUAGAAUUUCAAGGAAGGCUAAACUAAUGAAUCUGUCAAGAUAAAGGUAGAAAGGGGCCGGGGAUGUAGCUCAGUGGUGCCGUGCCUUCCUCACAAGUGCAAGGUCCUGAGUUCCAUCCCCAGUACUGAAAAAAAAAAAAAAGGUAGAAAAACAACGAGUAAGUUGGGUCAUGCCAAUUUUGGGAACAUUUUUGGAAUUAAAAGAUGCAGAUGGGGCCGAAGAAGUAGCUCAGUGGAAAAGUAUUUGAUCAGCAUGUAGGAGAUGCUGGAUUCAAUCCCCAGUGUUGCAACAAAACAAAAAAGCAAUAAAGGUACUACUUAAGAGGCUAAAGCAGGAGAAUGCCAAGAUUCCAAGUUUGAGGCCAGCCUCGGCAACUUAGUGUACAUUUAACUCCUUAAUCCAUUUAGAAUUCUGAAUCUGUGGACUCAAGAUUUAAAAACACAGCUGGGAUGUAGCUUAGUGUGAAAGCUGUGGGUUCAAUCUCUAGUACUACGAAAGGGGCACCUCACUCAGUUUUCACAAACAGAACACAUCUGUGUAACCCAGCCACAUUAUCAGCACCCAGGAGUCUCUCUGGAGUCCCCUUCCUGCCCAUACCCACCUGAACCCAAACAGCCGACAGGAGAGGCUGGCUUUGCGGUCCUCAAACCCCGGGUGGAGGGUGCGGGAGUGUGCGCGAGGUGCGGCUCCCUUUGUGCCCGGCUUCGUGGGCUGGAUGUACCUGCGGGCCGUGUCCCUGUUGCUGUGUAGUUGCCGGUUGUUAAUUCUCACAGUGGUAUUGUAUUGAUUGGGCCCGCCUUUAAUGAGGAAGCCUCCCCACUCAUCAUGCUCUGUCUGCUCACAGGGAGCAUAGAUUGAGUGGAAAGUUAAUUUUUACACAAGCAGUCAAGGACACCAGUUUUCAGAAGGCCCCAUAUCUGUGAUUACAGGAGACUCGAGGCUUCUUGCCCCUUCCAGGGCCUGAACCAAGGACCAAGGAGAGGUGGAGGGUGAUGUCAUGUGCUUAAGCCGCAGCAGUGAAAGUGUCCUACAGCAGAGACCUGCAGGGCUGUGGCUCUGUAGCCUGCUCCGGUGGCAGCUUCAUCUCCUGGAUAGCUCAGCUCUGUGACCUGACUUUGCUGCUUAGCCUCUCUGAGCCCAGCCUCUUCUUUUGUAGGAUCCGAGUGAUGGGCUGUUGUGACAUGAGACGAGCUGUGUGCAUGCUUGGCCCAAAGUCUAUCCAGAGACACUUGGUAAUGGGCGUCUGGGUUGUGGUCGCUGGGCUUGCUAGGGAAGGGGACUGUGUGCUGUUUCUCAGUUGACCUCCUGUGCUUUCAGGCAGGUGCCUGACUCGAUACUGUCAAGUGAGUGGCGUCCCUAACCACCUGCUUUGGCAGCCACCCACCCUGGGGCAAUGGUGACUGCAGCCCAGGAGCGGGUGGCUUUCUUUUGUGGCUGUUUCCACAAGAGCAAAGCUCUGGGCUCAGCCACCUUCACCACUAUCCCGGGAUGUGGACUUCAUGUCCAUUAAAGCCAGAAAUUUCAGGACAGCAGCCCAGUGGACAGUAUCUGGUCGGCAGAAAUGUGAGGUUUGCCCUGAACAGUUUUAAAAUGUUUUUACACAUGGAUGAAUCUCUAACUGUUUGGAACAGAUAAAGCAGUGAUGACGAACCUUUUAGAGACUGGUGCCCCAACUGCAACCCAAAACCCACUUAAUUAUUGCAAAAUGCCAACACUGCAAUUAAACCUGAGUACUGAGGUUUUCAGUUUAGAAAAAACAACUCAUACAUUAACAUCUUUUGUCUUAAAAGAAAAACAACAAUGAUAGAGCUUUCAAUGAUACUAACAGCUUUUUAUUGAAAAGUAGAAGUUUGCAUUUGGCGUGCUUUAUGCACAACUAAUGUGAUCUUUGCUGUUGUAUGCGUGCUGAUAAUUUGUCAGACCUUGGCUCACACUUCAUUAGAUUGAGAGCAACAAAUGCAGCACUCAGGUCAUCUGUCAGUCUGUUUCUUGUAUCAGAUUUGAUAUCAUUCAAAGCUGAAAACAGCUGCUCACAAGCAUAAGAUGAGGCAAGCAAAGUAAGAAAAGCAAUCCCAAGUGCUUUCAUUGACCUAAAAUUAUUCGGCAGAGAAUUCCACUCUUUAAGAACUUCAUUUUCAGAACUGCCCACUGUAAUGGCCUUUGCACUCCCGUCACACUUGGUCUUCUCUAUCUUAAGUGUUGCAUGCAGGUCACAGAAUUUAUUUUUCCAGCUAGAGCUUUCUUGAAAUUCCAGUAGCUCCAUUUCCAGAGCUCCAAAAUCUAACCAGUGUAAGCAGGCAAGAUCAAGUUCUUCAAAUUUGGCUUUAUCUGGAGAAGAAAACACAGGGUUGUCUCCAUCUUAUGGAACUGCAAAAAUCUGUUACUAACAUUCUCCUUUGCAGCUGCUACAAUGCUAGGAAAUUCCUUGUAGAUUUCUUUGUAGCUUGUAGGAUUGUCACCAAAUGUUGUAGAAUUUUCUAAAUGCAUUUUUAGGUUUGGAAAAUAUUUCAGCUGCCCACUUUCAAGGUCUCUUUCAAAAACCUGCAGUUUUCUCUCAAAUGUUUUGAUAUCACAAAACAUCCUUUCUGCUGUUUUCUCUACACCUAGUUUUUUGUUCAGUACACUGAAGUGUAGGGUAAAAUCUGUAAAAAACAUGAGGUUGUUAAGGCAGGCCAUGUCAGUGAGCUGUGGCCAUUCCUGCCCUUUUUCAUUUACAAACAGCCUAAUUUCAUCCAAGCAGGCUACAAACCUCUCCAGGAGUCAUCCUCUGCUCAGCCAUCGGACAUUAUUGUACAUAAGUAAAGCAUUAUACUGUGCCUGAACUGAACUGAACAAGAAGUGCUUGAAACUGUCGAAAAUUAUAGAGCGUAAGCCAUGAUGCAAUUCACCAUUUUUGUGACAUCUUUGAGGCUAUCAUGUAAUUUUUUGCUGCUUUGCCUGGUACAAAUUGCUUCUUGAUGUAUAAUACAAUGAAACUGAAUGA